AUGGCGACCACCGACCACCGCAAGUCAGUCCUCAUCACCGGCUGCAGUCCUGGUGGAAUCGGCCACGCUCUUGCUCUUGCCUUCCAUGCUCGAGGGCUCCGGGUCUUUGCCACAGCUCGAACAACUGGUCGAAUCGAGGAUUUGUCGCAGAAAGGGAUCGAGACUCUGGCCUUGGUGGUCGACGACGACGUGUCAAUCCUCACCUGUUUCAAGACUGUUGAGCAGUUGACCCAUGGCCAUGGCCUUGACUAUCUGGUCAACAAUGCUGGCGUGUCGUACGUGAUGCCCGCUCUGGACGUCAACGUCGAUGAAGCCAAGAAGAUCUUCGAUGUCAACCUCUUCGCCGUCAUGCGCAUGUGCCAGGUUUUCUCACCUCUUCUUAUCAAAGCUCACGGCACCAUUGUCAUGAUCGGGAGCCUGGCCGCUGUCAUCCCCUAUGUGUUUGGCAGUGUGUACAAUGCCACGAAAGCGGCAUUGCACGCCUAUGCCAACACCCUGCGCGUUGAGCUCGCCCCAUUCAAUGUCAAGGUCAUCACAAUUGUCACUGGCGGCGUCAAGUCGCGCAUCUCCUCUCAUGUCAAGCGCGUCUUGCCCGAGGAAAGCCUAUAUGCCCCUCUCGAGGAGAACUACCUGAGACGCCAAGGCCAUUCGCAGGAGGGAGCCAUGCCCACCACAGCGUAUGCUGAAAGUAUCGUCGAACAGGUUCUUCCUGGCGCUGGCCCGCGGCCUUGGAGGUGGCUGUUGAGGGAUGGCAGGAGGAACUGGAUCUGGGAAGGGAAUAGAAGCUGGCUGGUGUACUUCCUCUCGGGUGGCUAUACCUGGACGGGCUUCUUCGACCGGUAUAUGACCUGGCUGUUCCAACUCCGGAAGCUAAAGCGGAAGGAGACUUGA